AUGUCUUCCUCAAAGGGAUCACGGACUUAUACCACAGCUUCGAGUGCGGUGGUGGCCCCCGCAAAGCGACAAAAAACCAUCACUUCAACAGUCGAAGAGGCAGGAAGACAAGCUAUGAUUGAAUCCCUAAAAAGGGAACUCGAUAAGCUCUACAGAAACUUCGACCUGCUUAUACAGGGAAGUGCUGCCAUUCAUGGAUUUGCCAAUAUUAUGAAAGAUUUAAUCAGAAAUGACUGUCUUCAGAUUGCUGGUGCGGAUGCACUGGAAUACACACCGGAGCCAGCUACAUUACAGGAAAUCGUUCAAAUGUUUGGCCCAUCCUCAGUGAAAAGUCUCCGAGAUGAGGCGAUGAAAGAAAUUGACAACCGGGUGGUGUGCAACUUUGUUUCCAUGCUUCAAGAAGACUACGCCGUCCUCUGGAAGUUGAAACUAGUGAUGCAAUUUACAAAGCUAUUCAAGAAGCAACACGAGCGGAACUGCUAUUCAUUGCCGACAGUGGACGUCAGAAUUGAGGAGCAGCGUGCUAUGUUGACCGAGCUGUUCAUUGUUGCAGGAAAAACCAUCACCCGUCAUAAAGGUUUCGAGACCCAAAUGGUCCGAGAAAGCGUGUCUACCAACUCUCUUUCUGCAACGCAACAAGAAGCUAUCCAAAACUUUGAGCGCAUGUAUUCUCAAAAUCCUCGUUGCAACCACGGAUUUCUGGCGGCUGUCAUAGAUCUCUACCAGCAAAAGCUAUGGGCACUUUUUUUAGCAAUUCCACUACCAAGUGGUUGA